GGAUGCAAAACCCCUGACCUCUGUCUGGACAGUGCUGAUUGGCCCUGUGCUGAUCACAUGCACUCUCCCAAGAGAAACAAAACCUCUCUAGCAGCAUACACUCCAAACUGAGCAUGCGCAGAAUGGCUACUGUUCAGUCUGUCUUAUCAGGAGAUAAGAGGUGGACUGUAUGAACAAGAGGUGGGGCAGAGAAGACAGGAUCAAAUGGUCUUUUUACACAAUGCAGAGGAUUAACCUCUUAGUUUCCACAGUGAGUAUAACAAGCAUGCUUUACUGCAUUUUCAGACUGAUUUUACUGUUGUGGGUUUAG